AUGCUUGCAAGAUCCCUAUAUAAACUCAGCAAUCCUAUCCGAAAAUUCUCUACCGAUCUCAUUAAGCCAAAAGUAACAUGCUUAUUCCACAAUGAUACUAAUACAGCUACAUAUAUUGCAUCCUGUCCUGAAACCGGAAAAUGUGCCAUUAUUGAUCCUGUUUUAGACUAUGACCAAGUAGGUCAUCGAGUUACAACAAUUCAUGCAGACUCUGUAAUAGCAGAGGUAACAAAAAACCAUCUUGAGCCAGUCUAUAUAUUAGAAACUCACGUUCAUGCUGAUCAUCUAACUGGGGCUAAAAUCUUGAAAAAUGCAUUUCCCUCAGCACAAACUGCUAUUGGCUUUAACGUUACUGCAGUUCAAGUACAAUUUUCAAGGUUAUUUAAUCUUUCUAACUUCAGAACUGAUGGAUCUCAGUUCGAUAAAUUGAUAAAAGAUGGGGAGUCCUUUUCUAUAGGAAAACUCAACCUAAAAGCAUUUUGGAGCCCUGGACAUACUCCUGCAUGCAUGGUAUAUACCGUUGGAGACGCUGUAUUUUCAGGCGACACCCUAUUUAUGCCAGAUUUUGGCACAGCAAGAUGUGAUUUUCCUGGAGGUUCAGCUGAUGUUCUUUAUCAGUCAAUUAAAAAGCUUUUUGAACUCCCAGAUGAGUACAGAGUUUUUGUAGGGCAUGAUUAUGGAACUGAAAAGAGAGGUGUCGCAUGGGAAUCAACCAUGGGCGAAGAAAAGAGAAACAAUAAACAUUUGAAUUUAUCUACGAGCAGAGAUGCCUUUGUCCAAUGGAGAAAAGAAAGAGAUGGAACUCUCAAGCUGCCUAAGCUUAUUAUGGAAUCUUUGUUAGUGAACUUAAGAAAUGGAGAACUCCCUGAGCCUGAAGCAAAUGGUAUUUCGUACUUUAAACUGCCUAUUAAUGCUCUUUAA